ACCGACCAUAGGGAAAAUCACCGCUCGUGAGAAGCAAGAGCAUGUUGGCAGGAUGCCCAGUACAACGUUCCCUGGGAGCUGCUUCGCUCAAGUCAUCGUCAAGCUCCUGGAGUGGCCCUUAUGUCCAACGGACCCGGGUUGGGGGGGUGUUGGCUUUCACUCAAUCGAAUGGACUCUAAUAAGAGAGCCUCGCGAGUACGGCUCAAUUACCCAGCUCGGUGUAGCCUUUAUGGGGAGCUUGAGCACAACCCUUUCUUUUUCUCUCGCAUGGGGAGCUCAGAGCACACAAGUCUAACGAUUUGCCGUCAGGUCAUUUCUCGAGCUCUACUCGUACUUCUAUCGCCACUGUUGCCCUUAGCCUCCCCAGAUCAAGAUUUCGCCGCCUGCUCGCCGGCCACCGAGCUUCGCCCUCAUCAGUCUGGCUCGAUGCUCCAGCAGCUAGCCAUAAGCGGCAUCAGCCACAUGCUGGGGUAUGCCGCACAGACCCAAAAACGCCGCGCAGUUGCAGCAGGGCUGCUGCAGGGGUUUCCCACUCACCCAAGGGCCCUAAGGGCCGUCGUCCCCACGUUCACGGAGCAUUCCGCCCCACAAGCCUCUCCCUCGGGCCGGUUGAUUGUGGGAAAUGCCAAGUGCUCGUCUUACAGUACAUUCGUUCCUGGUUGAGCCUCGUGCACGGCGGCGAAUCUGAUUUGGAACGAGAACGAUGG